GACAGUGUAUGUCAGAUAUUCGGUGUGUAAGAAUUAAUUGUUGGUGUUCGGAUACGCAUUUGUCGAAAGAUGUGAAAAGGAUGUGAAAUAAGCGUGGGUUUUGAUUUGUGUGAAUAUGGGGGAUAAAAAUAUUGUGGAAAAUUGGCUUAAAUCGAUUGAAUUAGAAAAAUACACGGAGCAUUUCAUUGAUAACGGAUACGAUGACUUAGAAAUUUGUAAACAAAUCGGAGCAGAAGAUCUGGAUGCAAUAAAUGUUGAUGAUGCAGACAAGGAUAAAAUUCUCAAUGCGGUGAGAGAGUUAAAAGAAAAAGGUGGAUGUGGCGUGUAUUUAACGCUCGAAAAUGAGCAGACUUCAAAUGCUCGUGAUACUCGUGCGCACGUGCCAAUUAGGCCAACGUUGGAUAACCUUUUAAGUGAUGUACCACCCCCUACCCCAGAUGAUGGUGUCACCAAUGGAUCACAGUACACUGUUAAUGGAGGCCAGAGUCUAGGCGUAUAUGAUGUCCAACACAAUAUUGUCAUUUAUCCGAAGUAUCACCUGACUCUUAUAUUGAGGGACAAGGUGUUUGAAGACCAUGUCGAUCUGGCUAGUCCACCAUACACUGCACAGAACCUUGCGCCAUGUUGGUCCAGCCUUACUGCCCUUGCCAUCAAGUACGCGACAGAUUUGUCUACCCCCGUUGAGGACGUGUUGGACCGUCUGGAGGACAUACGCUGGUGGCAGGUCACACAGGACUCCGUGUCUGUGUACUCGCCUGGCUCCAUGACCUCGUCUGCGAUGGAGGACCCCUACUACCUAUCCACGCAGUAUGCAGGAUCCCCUCGGACUGGACCACCUCCCAUACCCUCUGUACCACCACCUGAGAUGAGUCACAUGGACAGAUAUGGGCAGCUGCACAGCAUCCAAACACGAUACCAAGACAGUCCGAGUCACGCAAACUAUGUCUCCCUGGACACUGGCAUGUGUUGUGUAUUCCCAAAGAAAAAGGCAAAAGGUGAGUGUGAGUCCCCCUCGGAGAAAAAGAAGACCUCAACACUUGGUCGUCUCUUCAGGAACAUGGGCUUUCGACGCUCCAGCAGGAAACACAGCUACAAGAAACACCAAGGGGACCUGUUGGCUCAUGAGAUUACGAUGAGUGACAAUGACCGGAUAGCACUCAUGCAGAUGGUGAAAGAGGGCAAGAUCUCCACUGAAACCGCUCUACAAGUGGUGAAGAAGUUUGAAGAAGAGAGGAAGAGAGAGGAACCACCUCAGGAUCUGAUUGGCAAAGACAAGAAGUCUAGCAAGUCCAAGAAGAGUCAAUCCCUGAAACCCACCAAGUCACCAUCCAUCAAUUAUACAGAGUCCACCUGUGACAGCUGCAAUUCCAGCGUAUUCGGAAACUUUGCUGCGGGCUAUCCGGACGGGACACAGUGCCGAGCGUGCCAGGAGGAGGGGUGCAGACACAGACGGGUGCACAGUGUCAGCCAUAUCGCCUACCCCAACCAGCUGCACUCCCCGGGGGCAGGCCGUGCAAUGUCGUGCUCACCCAUGCGGGCCAACUCAAACCAGGCUUCGGCAGUGAAUUCUCCCAUCGGAUAUAUGACCAAACAAGGCUCGAACAUCUACACUCCCGUUAUACCUCACGAACUCAAGAUGUACACAGGGGCAAAAGGCUUAUAUGCUGUACAUGGAAUUGAAAUGAUCAAAGAUCGCUUAAGUGUCAUAAAAACGUCUGGGUGUGUUCAUAAAACGCAAUCAAAGGCAUCGCUUAUAUCAUCGGAGUCAGAUCACUCGAUGGAAUGCUCGGCAAUGAUGUCUGGACAGCAACCAGAGGACAUGUACUUCCCAAGCAACACGUCCAAUGUGUCAGUGGGCUCGGAUACGCUGCCAGGGAUGAACGGACGGAGGAAGUGUGGUAGCACCAUGGAGAAGAUGAGGAAUCACAAGUGGGCACGUACGGGCAGUUCGGGCCAGGCUGAAGACGGUAUGCUGACGGACACUGACGACCAGGACGCCCCAGACAGGCUGCUACUGGGCGGGGGCACAGCGGGCUCGAACAUGAUGGAGAAGUUCAGGGGCGUGGGCAAGGAGAUGAGGAAGAGGAUACUUCACACACGCGACAUCAUUGGGGAUGGAAAGUCUCAGCACCUGUGUUCAGCCUAUCAGUCAGUGCAGGGCAGUAGUCUAUCAGCCGGUUCUGCUGACAGCAGCUCCAGUGGAGUGGGGAGCCAGUCUAGCGCGCCCGCAGGGGACCCCGAGUUUGUGGGUUCCUUCUCCGGACAUGUGUUGGGAAUGGCCAGGGUGCAUUCCAACUAUGUACCCAGUGCAGAGGAGAAAGACUUUCUGCAUUUGAAGAUUGGAGAACGGGUACAAGUCCUGGAGGCGACAAGUUCAGGCAUCUGGAAGGGUCGUGUAGACACCCGCGUGGGCUUCUUCCACUUUAACUUUGUGGAUAUGAUCACGGACAGCACGCCAGUGUGCCAGCGCAAAGAGAAGUCCCGUCGACGAACCAACCGCAGGUCUAAACCCCGGUCUGUUGAGGAGCUGCUGUCCAGAAUAGGUUUGGAGCACUUGGCACCUCUGUUCCUGAUGAACGGUUUUGACAGUCUCGAGAUAUUCGCAGAGAUCGAUCACAACGAUCUGAACGCACUGAACGUGCUGGACUCGGAAUCGAGAACUAAGCUGAUCACUGCUGCUGAGCUUCUCACAGAUGUAGAUGAUCACCCGCCUGAAGGUCCGGGUCGCACCUGCCGAUCCACCACUGCCACCCCUACUAGUCAGCAGUAUGCUGUCCCCUGGACAAGCUUUUUUCCCUCCACAAAGGCUUCUGGAGGCAGUCGGGACUCUGGUUGCUAUGACAGUAGUGAGUAUGGCAGUCGGGAAAACCCGAACAGAGAUCAGGAGUCGUUGGCGGGAAUGUAUGCUAGGAACAGAGGCGCUGUGGCUGGGGGAGAUAAUAAAGAAAACCUUAAACCGUUGCCUGUGACUCUAAAAAGAGUUGUCCCCCCUGUACAAAAUGGAGGGGUCAGUUCUGCUGAGUCAUUGUCAGUAAAUGGUGCUAGAAAUGUGCAAGAGGAGAGGGUUUAUUCUGAGGAAGAUAAGGAAGUGUGUAAUCUGACGGGGUGUUUGGGUCUGAAGGUGAGGAGAGCGUCGCCCCAAUCAACCAAUCUAGUCAAUGGACAUGGAGGUAACCAGGGCAGGGGUGGGAGCAGUGAUGUGCAUAGCAACUAUAGGUGCUUGAAUAUACCCACACUGGGCUCGGACUGGAAAGUGUUCUCGGAUUGUUGUUCACAAACUUCACCCUAUGGACCACUUAACGAAUCUGAUGAUGCGGCACAAUUGUUUACGGGUUAUCAAUCUUUGUCGGAAUUCAAUUCUGGUGUUGUCGCUCUGCAGAAUGAAUUGACAAAACUUAAAUUUCGGCCAUACGUUCGGAAAAUGGCCCCGGUUGUCCCAACAAACGAUGCCCAGGUUCAAGUCAUGUGUCCUCUUGGUAAUCUUCUGCAAUCACCAACUAGUCCCCCAAUCACUUCUAGUGCAAAAUCACAAAACCAGUCCAAAUCUGAAAAAGUAAUAAACCAAACUACUAUAGCCCAGACUGGUUCUCCAAUGGUAUUAACGAAAGGCAAAACUCUGAAACAAAGAAGUGACAGCGUGAAAAAUACUACGAAAAUUGAAUUUUCUGAACCUACUAGAGUGUCAUAUACAUCACAGAGUUCCCGGGAAGGGGAUUCUGGGAGUGAUGCAAGUACAGUGAAGUCAGAAUCAGAGCAAGGCCGUAACACCCCUGACUCUAUAUACGGACCUAUUCACGCUCAUUUCAAGUCAAUCAAACGCUCUGUGAUACCUAAGGUGACCUCGAAGUUGGCACUAGAAAACAUUGACCUUGCUUCUGAGCCAUACUCAUCUGCAACAGGUGCAUGUGGUAUCCCUCCCCUGCUGGUCCAGCGUUACGCAGAGGAGCUGAAGCAGGACCUCUUUAAGACUGCUCUCAUACUGGACCAGGUCCGAAUUCACAAACUGACCAGCCUAGGAAGACCAGUGAUCCCAGCGGAGCAGCUGUCAGAAAACAGUCUGGCGUCCUCAGAGCUAAAAAUAUCCUCCGUACCUGACUUCUUCAUUUCCAUCGGUCUGCCGAUGUACGCCGAUUCUAUUACGGCCAAGGGUCACAACUCUGUGGACGCCCUGUCCAGCCUCACCAUCAAGGAGAUACAAAUGAUCACGAAGGCUGACAGAAAGCAUCUGAAGAGGAUCAUACACGCCCUGGAGUGGGUCCAGAGUAGAUUGAGGUCACCUAGUCGUAAAACUAAACCUUCACCCGUCAAAGAUAAAGUUUGAUACUAUCACUCAAUCACAUACAGUAAAAAGAUCAAUUAUACAACAUUCAUCUACCUAGCUAUCACAAACAAAGGUGUCAACUGUUUUUCUGUUGUGUAAUUGCUUGUUAAUGUAUUUAUGUUGAAUUUGUUAUUUUAUACGUCAAAACAAAAGUCAUUAGUGGUGCAAUAUCUGUUGAAUAAAGUGUUUGUUAGUCGAAAAGUAUUGGUGAAUAACAAAAAGUGUUUAGAUGAAAAUAAUUCUCAUAAGACAAGGUACCGGUACUGAUUGCAUGUUCAAUCAGUUGGUUUUUAUCAAGAAAUAAACAAUGUAUAACUGAGCUGCCAAUGAGACAAUGCUUAGGGAAAAAAUGGGUGAAAUAGGUUUGUGCUUAGAUUAUUUAUAUAUCAAUUAAUUGUUACAUCUCAUGUAGCAACUUGUUAUUAACCAGGUUUUCCGAAGGAAAAAACUGGUUAUUAGAUUGGCUAAUGCGGGCGGGCUGGCUGGCUGGCUGGCAGGCUGGCGGGCUGGCUGGCGGGCUGGCGGGCGGGCGGAACAAGCUUGUCCGGGCCAUAACUAUGUCGUUCAUUGUCAGAUUUUAAAAUCAUUUGGCGCAUUUGUUCACCAUCAUUGGAUGGUGUGUCGCGCGAAAUAAUUACGUCGAUAUCUCCAAGGUCAAGGUCACACUUUGAGUUCAAAGGUCAAAAAUGGCCAUAAAUGAGCUUGUCCGAGCCAUAACUAUGUCGUUCAUUGUCAGAUUUUAAAAUCAUUUGGCACAUUUGUUCACCAUCAUUGGACGGUGUGUCGCGCGAAAUAAUUACGUCAAUAUCUCCAAGGUCAAGGUCACACUUUGAGUUCAAAGGUCAAAAAUGGCCAUAAAUGUCCCUUGAGAUAUAACCUUCAUAUUUGGUAUGCAUGUGUAUAUGGACAACGCCUUUCCAUACGCACACAAAUUUUGACCGUCCGUCCGUGUGUCCGUCCGAAAACUUUAACAUUGCUCAUAACUUUUGCAAUAUUGAAGAUAGCAACUUGAUAUUUGCCAUGCAUGUGUAUCUUAUGAAGCUGCACAUUUUUAGUGGUGAAAGGUCAAGGUCAUCCUUCAUGGUCAAAGGUCAAAAAAAAAAAAUUCAUGUGCAUAUCUCCAAUGUCAAGGUUGCCACGACUAAAAAUAGAUUUAUUUUAAAACAAACUUACAAAGGGGGUUAAUUUUCUUUGUUCAUUUCAAAAGUUCAGUUUGAGUUGUCUCCCUUUAUCAGAUUUUUUUUCACAAUGAAAACCUGGUUUUGUGACAAUUUUGUCCCUUGUUUUAUUUAAUUUAAUAACACCAAAUAUAUUUCCUCAUGGGAAAAAGAAUAUAUUAAACGCAAAACUACAUUUAUUUUUAAUGAGAACAUUAUCUACAUUAGUAUUUUUUAAUUUCUUAACUAUUUAUGUGUGCCAAAUUGAGAUUUUACCUGACUAUAAUAUGUUGGACACACGUCAUACUGUAACACUUUUUUUAAAGGUGAAAUAUUAUUUACAUGGCUUUAUUAAAUAAGUAGGCUUUAAAAUAUAUAAAUUUUGCCGGUACCCUUUCGGUUUUCAGCUUAUGAAAAUCAAUUGAAAGAAACCAGGUAAACUUACAUUGUUAGAGAAAGAUGGACUGUAUUAAAUUAAGGCGUGUAAAUUCUCAUAAUUUAAUUUGAAUUGAAUAAUCAUUGAUGAUUUAGUUAAGUUGUUGUGUUAUGUACCUACAUCUACGUCUUGUAUGGAUCUAUUCAAGAUCAUAUUACUACUCAAAAUAAUAAUUAUAGCAGUAUUUAAGUUGUGCAUAAUAUAUAUACAUGUAUAUCUUGAAUGUAUUCUACCAAAACUUAUUUUAUCACCGAUUGUUGUUAUGUUGUGUUACUGGACUAUUACUUGUUUUGUUGAGGGCAUACUUUAUAUCUUUUAUCAUGUUUGUGCUUCAUGAAAUGCCCACAUUUGUUAAUGGUUGUUUUUAUAUUAAUUUCAUCAAUUUUAAGAUUUUUUUAAAUCCUAAUCAUACUUUAAACAGAUUUUCCCUGUUAAAAAAAUAUGUUAACAUUAUUUGUUUACUAUUUGUAUGUUCAGCAGAUUGAAUACAUUUGACUUGCUUUACAAUUUUAGCUUUAAACACGUUUUUCAGACUGGUUGUUUAUGUAUAUUGUGUUGUGAAUACAAGAUUGUGAGAUAGAUGAACAUUUUAUCAUACUUAUUAUUGUUAAACAUGUUAUACAUGUAUAUUAAAAGUAUAUUAAAAGUUGUAUACUUUAUAAAUACCAAAAUAGGAGAACCAGUUUGAAUACCGAUUUUAAACUGUUUUUAGAUCACAUAGUGCUCUUUGUGAGUUUUGUGAUCAGCUUUUGUCCAUCGUUCACCAUCUGUGGUUUCAACACUUACCUUGCGAACAUUCUUGAUGCAACAUUUAUUUCCCAAAUGUCAUGAAACUUGGUCAGAACAAUUGUCCCAAUUAAAAGGUGAGGUCAAAUACUAGGUCACACCGUUACAUUUAAGAAAUAGAGAAAAAGCUUGUGCACUGAGUAAAUCACAAUUUUCAUCAUACAUUUUGCUUAGAUUUUUUUUUUUAAACAAUAUCUCAGCGAGGCUUGAACAGGGUUUCAUUCAGUUGAAGAACAUGGUCACCAGGAGUUUAGGCAGUUUUUCUCAUUAGCUCUACUGGCCGAAGGCCUGAAGAGCUUAUGUCAUGGAGUGGUUUCCGUCGACCGUGCGUGCGUGCGGUAGACUUUUUUUGUUUUUGUGAUUAGUCCACAGUUUUCAUCCGAUUCUUUUCAAACUUGUUCAGUGUCUUUAUAUUAAUGAGGACUCGAACGCUAUUGAAAAUGGGUUACAUCAGAGUAAAAAGUCCAGAAUUAUCUCCCCUUGAAUUUGAGAAAAUUGUGAAAUAAGGCUUGUUUACGCAAUAAAGUCCAUAGUUUUUGUCCAAUUAUUUCCCAACUUGCACAGUGUCUUUAUCUGAAUGAUGAGUCAAACCCUAUUGAAAAUGAGCAAUAUCGGAGUUAUAAGUCCAGAAUUAUCUACCCUUGACUUUCAGAAAAAAAUGAAAAUUCAGUUUUUUUAUGUGAUAAAGUCCAUAAUUUUCAUCCAAUUCUUGGCAAACUUGCACUGUGUUUUUGUAGGAGGACUCAACCCUUUUGUAAAAAGAGCAAUAUCAAAGCAAUAAAUCCAGAAUGACUUCCCCUUGAAUAUGAGACAAUUUUGAAAUCCUGCUUGUUUACGCAAUUAAUUCCACAGUUUUCAUCCAAAUUUUUCCAAAUUUGCACAGUAUCUUUAUAUCAAUGAGGACUUGAACCCUAUUGAAUAUGAGCAGUAUUGGAGAAAUAAGUACACAAUAAUCUCCCCUUGAAUUUGAGAAAAUUCUCCUUGUUUGCGUGAUUAAGUACACAGUUUCCAUCUAAUUCUUUCAAACUUGCACAGUGUUUAUAGCAGUAGAGCGAUUCAGGCCCUCAUGGGCCUCUUGUAUUGAACUUUGUGAACUCUUUAGAAGGCACCUUUUUGUCCAAUCAAAAUGACGAUUGCUCAGAGAAUUUGUGCUAAUGACCUAUGAGUUGAGUUAAAAAAUGGUUCCAGUCAAUUGAAAAAUAGCUGCUGGACAUGUGGUUGCAGUUUUUCUUAUAUGGCUGUAGCAGUGGCGGUCCCAGGAUUUUUGGUUUGGAGGUGCUGGAUAUUGAAAGAUUUGCUGGGGUAGCAACCACUUGGUGGGUGCAGGGCAAAGCCCUGCUAGGGGGUCCAGAGGGGGUCCAGGGGGGCGAAGCCCUCCGUAAGCUCCAUGAUUUUAGUCAUUUUGAAGGCUUUGACAACCACUUCUGGAGCAUGAUACGCCUUAUGCACUUUCAUCAAAGUACCAUCUUAUAAUGCCAAAAAAGUGCAUAGUUUAUAUGUUAUACGGAUGUAUAUACUGGGGGGGCGUAUGCCGCAUCCGCCCCCCCCCCCCCCCCCCCCCCCCCUUGGAUUCGCCUAUGGCUGUAGUGAAACAAUACCAGCCCAGAACUAUUUAGUUAAUGUCUGUCUCAGGUUAGCGCCUUAGGGUCUUUGGUCCUCUUGUUGUAGAUUUUAAUACAUUAUAUAAAAGAUAAACUAUUAUAAUGCAUCUUCAAAAAAUGGUGUAAGCAGAUAAAUAUAUUUUAUUUAUAUUUGAUAUAAGAUGCAAAAUAUCAUGAUUUGAAAAUUUUAUCUGUAAGAAAAUACAAACGCUUUUAUUCUUUUUUAUUGUUUAGUGAGGCAGAGGGAGUUACAGUUUAAGUGUCAAUCUUUAAUAUACGCAGAUUUAUUAAAUGUUGUUAAUGAUAUACACGUUUGUUAUUGUAAUCAGUGUGCUGAUGGAAACCAGUAAACAAUCAUAAAACUG